AUGAGGUUUCAAAGAAGGAUAACAUACAGAUUUUUCCAAUCAUUAAUAGCAAGAAAGUACUUGUUCGGUACUCCUACUCCAGCUAUGGUAAGGUUAAGGAAGUAUUUUUAUGUAAUUACUAUGCUGGUAUCGUCUUCGUGGAGGCAAAUGCACAGGCAUCAAAAAGGCUGUAAAGCAGCGAUCGUGAACGCAUUAAAUGAACAGCACAUCUAUACCAACAUGCAAAUCAUUCCUUUUCCUUCGUCCGAGGUUGACAUUGCAAGUAAUACAGAUGCUGAAAUCAACGCCAUCAAUGCAGAAGUAAUCGCAAAUCGUGUGAGAAGUCGACCAUGAAGCUU